AUAGCAAAACUGUAAAAAUAUUUUCAACAACCAAAUCGAGCCGUUCGAGUUCUUACGAUUACUUUGACGUUUAUAUCCAUCUCACAACCUAUUUCUGUCCAUUUAGAUCUUCAAUGUGGACAGUCAUUCCUUGGGUCAUUCAUUUCAGAAGGAAAUUAUGACUUCAGAAAACUUAAGAAACCUGGCUGUCCUUCGAUCUGCAACCAGCAUCGCUGACGAAAUCAAAGCCUUGGAAGCCAUUAAAUCCACCCUUACCCAGGGCCAGACAGACCUCAGAUCCUCCUUCGAUCUGGAAGAAGAGUUUCUCAGCUUUGCCUCAAAAAAUCUUGGGGAUGAGGAGGUGUUUGAUGACCCUUUCCCAAGAACACCCCCAGAGAGCAUCUUUCCUGGACAGGAUGAUCUGGACCAGCUGACAUGCUAUGUGUUUAGACGUCGGUAUGGUUGGUCCGAGGCUGCCACAAGCAUCGGCAAGGAUGACAGGGUCGGUGUCACUGCAGGGGUUCUCGAAGGCAGUGGUGUCAUGACUGCUCCCCAGCAGAAAAACCAGGUUAUACUCAAGAACAGACUGAAUGAGUUGUUGGAUGAAUUUGUGAGAUGGUAUAUGGCACAACCGAUAGGCAAACCACUAUUACAAAGUUUUCGAUAUACUCUUGCUCAAGCUGGUGACAAGCCGGUGGUCAGAAACCAAACGGUCAUCCACACCAUGGACUGGUUGAAACUCCACAAAUCCCAUGAUGGUAUCCAUGACAAUUACUCCGAUAUAGCCACGCUGGUCAUGGUUGGUCUGACGGACAUAUGGUCAGCUAUCAGGAAGGCCUCUGUCUCGAGGCUUCCUAUCAUUCUGGCCAGCUUGACCGUUGAAGAAGCUGAGAACUUCUUUGAAACGUUGGCCAAGAUAUGUCAGAGUAAAGAGAGCAGCUGGCAGUCUAUAGAGGGAGCCCUCAUGGCAAUCAACUCACUGCUUCGGAGAUUCCAGUGGAUCAGCCGUGAACCUGUUGAACCUUUCUUUCGGGGUCCUGUUGAUAAGAAUAAAUACUUUGUGAAGUAUGGAAGUGAAGAACUGACUAAUAUCCCAGCAUUCAUCACCAGUCGGAUGCAUUCCAUUGUGUACCCUCUUCUAGCUCAUCAGCAGCUUAGCGUCAGAGAGUGUGCCAUCAAGGCUUUCACCACAUUCCUUUCGAAAUGUGAAUUUCAGGAAGCCCUUUCGUCUUUCUCAGAGGCCAUAUCUAGAUUGGACCGAGGCUCUCACCUUCUUUCAUCGCAAUCAAAGACUGAAGAUCGACCACACCAUCAGGUACCUCACCAGGCUGUUAUGAAGAAAGAUUUCAAGUUUCUCAAUGCCUACGAGGCCGAAGGCUUGCUUGGAGUAUGCCUGUAUCUUGUCAAACACAUUCCACCUGGCUUUUUGCUACCAAAAUGGCCGUUCUACUUCUCAGUGUUUAGCUUAUAUCUCAUGCAUCCUGCAUCGACAGUCCGUCAAGCCACCAGCGAACUUUUCAGAUAUUUAGUUGUCAAGGAUUGCAACAACUCUGCCCUGUUGAAGCUUGUGCUACAGGGUCUGGGUGCCCACUGGGGUAUCAGCAUCAAGUACAUGAGCCAGCCAGCACACACACUCUCCCAUUUUCACACUCUGUCACAUGACCACUCCAAUCCCACCGCUGCCACCAGUCAUAACGCAACCUCAGCUGACAUGCAGCAGGACGUAUCAAAAAGGUCACAGGUGAUCAACAGGAUCGAAGGUCACAAGGUCAACAUUAGGGUGACCCCAGAUGAGCAGCGGCCGGAUGAGACUCUUGAGGGGUCUAGACCCCGAGUAGGAACAAUGGGAGAGGUCACAUCUCAGAGUCCAAGACAAAAUAGGCGUAGGCAGCAGCCAUUCUACGGGCAGGGCAAGGCCAUCAGUAUUGUCAAUGUCAGUCAACUUGAAGGAGAUUACUCAACAGUGCCCGUUGACAGUGUUCUGUGCAAAGCAUGGGAGUGGAGAGAAGGCAGACUGUUUGCUUACGAGCUCAUCAUGAAGUUCCUUAUCGUCAACCACAUCCACUACCUGUUCCCUACCUUUGCCAUGCAACCGAUGAAGUUCAAUGGGGCCGCUUCUACGGAUGAGUCCAUCACCCCGAGCCAUAAAGCAAGCAAAGUACCCCAAGGCAAGCCCCCUAUUCAGAAGAGUUUAAGCCAUGGAGGCGUGUCACUCCGGCAAGCCUGGCUCAAAAGACCACCAAACGAUGCUUCAACGGAUGACUCCAGCGUUCAUUCUCCAGGUGCCGUGGUCUGCAAACCCCCAACCUCGCCUGUAGCGGUAUCUCCACCCAUCUCACCACCGGUGCACAAGGGAUCGCCUGAUGAGAUUCUAUCAAGAGCCGGAAGUGAAAGAAGAAAAAAGAGUGUUGAGAACAAAAGGGCUCAAACCUUGGCUGAAGGGUCGUUCUUCAACCAGCCAAUCAUGAAGCACUACUCAUUCCCAAGCACUCCGGAGGGCAAUCUACCCGGGGGCAGGAGAGCAAGCCACGGUCUGAGUGGGACACUCUCCCUCCUCGGACAAACGCACGACACAGACAAGAAUCUAAAAAUUGAGACAAGGAACUUGCUAGAGGAGUCCAAGAGCACCUUGAAUGACCCCAUUCAACCAUCAACUUGUACCGAUGAUGAUGACGAAGAUGUUUCCCUUUCAAGUGAAGCCAGAUAUCUUCUAAAAGCCUACAAAUCUCUCACUAGGAACGAUAGGGAUGCAUCCAAGUUAAGCACGCCGUUGCCAUGGUUAAAGGACCUUCAUUUGGACUCUCUGACCAAUAUAUUACAUCAGAUAAUGCUCCAAACAGUCAACUCUCUGGCAAGCAGUAGAUGGGAACUCAGGAGAAUGAGCCAGCAGGCCUUGCCCCUGGUGGCGGAGUGUCUUCGAUGGUACCACCCUGAGACCCUGGUGAACUUCUGGAAGCAAUGCUUGACCUCCGAGGCCAGCCUCCUCUGCUACGGUGCUGCAAAUACCUUGAAGCACAGUAUCCAACAUGCCAAUAGAAUGAUGCAGUAUCUACAGCAACCUGUCGCAGGCUGGAGGAGAGACUCUGAAACCUGCCGUCAGGUCUCAGCCACCAUCGUAGUCACCGUCACACAGGGUCUAGCUGACUAUGCCACCACUGCCAAACAGCUCAUGGAGAGAGAGGUCAUCGACAAGCUAUCUGUUGUCGCCAUGGAGAUCCUCCUUAUCUCGUUGGCCCACUUUGAAGAGGAACUAGAACAGGAGAAGGAUUCUCUUGAUGAGGCACUUCACCAGUUCCAAACCCGUAUCUUCAGUCACGCCCACCCUGAGAGCGAGGUCUGCACCCAGCAUGCCAGGUUCACCAAUGCUCAUGAUGUGCUUAUGCCAUUGGAUGGAUUCUUAUGUUGUUGCCUCCGUGAUGAGAACGCAGCCCCUCACAUCAGGCAGCUGGAGCGCUACGUCCUCCAGGAGACGCACUGUCUCAUCCUGGACUACCUGAGGCGAUGUAGUCCUGGCACAGCGAGCCAGACCUUACCUCUGUACCUGGCCCUUCUCCAGGACUAUCAGCAGGAUGAAAGCAUCUCAAAGACUCUACUGGAUGGAUGCUGCCUGUUAGUCACUAAGGUCAAAGGUCACAUCACGGAGAAUGGCAAUUCAGAGAUUCCCAAGGAGUUUGAUAACAACCUACAACUUUCCCUGGCUCUUAUUGCAUCACUGAUUAAGAUCAAGACCCUGGAUUUAUCUACCAUGCGACAGAUGCUAGAGAUGUACCAGGAUCUUAGUCUUUGCAUCCAGACCUCGGCACAUCUGCAGAAACUUUUCUGUGCAAUAGCCUCAAGAAUAGAUCUAAUACCUCUGACUAAAGUGUCCCUGAACCCAACUGAUGAUAAUAUGGCUGGUAGACUAGCACUGUUUGCAUCGAAUGAUAUUCCGGCUAGUCCUGUUGAUACCAUGAGGAUAUCAGAUGAUGAGGACGAUGAUGAUGACAGAAAGGGUUCCAGUCAUCCCUUGUCCGAGUCUCUGGCCCUCAACGCCAGCAGUGGCAGCGGCCAGACACCACGCCUCUCCUCUGGCAGUGAUCAAGCCUCCAGAAUGGCAGGGGUUUCCCCGUCUCCAGGGACAGACUUUGACGAUGAAGAUUCCGACUGGGAUAGCUGGGAUGAGGAUGAAGAGGACCAGUCUGUCUUUCGAGAGGCCAUGUCGGAUUUCCUUCGCCAACUUCAAGGAUAUCUUGGAGCUGACACAUUCCAAGCAGAGUUGACCCAUUCCAGCAACAGCGAGCGACAGUUCAUCAGACACUUGCUUAGCAAUUGAGAAACCACUUCUAAGAAUUUUUUUGAAGAAGAAGUAAACUACAAAAAAGGACAACAUGUGAUUGAUGAAUCCCUCAUGACUUUGCUCAUUUGAAGGGAUCGUUUUACUUUCAUUCAGGAUCUAAAGAUAUAUUUUUUCUCUUGCAGCUAAUUCUGUAACCACCAUUGCAUACCUAUCAGUCUGACAGGAAUCACCAGAUAUUUUUAAGGUAAUCGGUCGAUUGAUCGGUGCAAUAAUGGUGACUGUAGUCGUAAGCGUCCCUAGGUACCGUAGUGUAUGAAUAACUUUUUUAACUUCCUGCGAAACAUGAAAUGAUGCUUAUGAAAUAGAAUUUCAGGGUUUCCUCUUGAAACAUUAUUGCAUUCUCUGACAGUAUAUAUGUAGGGCACCACAGCACAGAUUUUUGCAAACCUCCACUGUUAAUCACUCCCUUUUAAUCAUUUGAUUAUCGAGCACUCUCCUGGAGAGAGAUUCAUUGUGUCAUAUGCUAGAAUUCCGUGACCGAUUGCCUCAGUCGGGUUCAGCAGCUUGUAACAUUAAAGGGGAAUGAAACCCUUGGAACAAGUAGGCUUGUGUCGAAACAGAAAAAUCAAAGAAUAAGAACAAAGAAAGUUUGAGAAAAAUCGAAGAAAUAAUGAGAGAGUUAUGAGCAUUUGAAUAUUGCGAUCACUAAUGCUUCAAAUUGGCAAUGCGACAAGGAUGUGUGAUGUCACAUGUGAACAACUUUUCCUUUGAUGGACUAUAAAAUACCCCCAAAAUGUCUCUUUUUGCUUUUUCAUAUGGUGAUACAAACUCUUUAUCCAUGAUGUAUUCUUUAAAAAUCUGUACUACAUGCCCUCCUAUAGAAAGAAUCUAUGCUCUACUGAUAGAUGUGAAAAAAGAGGCAGUUUAAGUGAAAUAUAUACUAAAGUAAUGGGGAGAGUUGUUCACAAGUGACAUCACACAUCUUUGUCCCAUUGCCAAUUUGAGGAUCUCCAUAGCAUUAGUGAUCGCAAUAUUCAAAUGCUCAUAACUUUCUCAUUAUUUGUCCGAUUUUUCUCAAACUUUCGUUGAUCUUUUUCUUUGAUUUUUCUGUUUUCACACAAGCUAUCUUGUUCCAAAGGUUUCAUUCUCCUUUAACAUAUAACUUCUUUUCAUUGUAGUUCCGAUGGGCAGUGCACAGGAGUGAGUCAGUUGCAAUCAAAAUAGAAUGAAUAGGUGCAUCCCUUUGUGUCAAGGGUUUUAAAUUUGGAACACAAAUUUGCAAACAUGAAUUCUAUAAAACAAUCUAACCCCCCAAAUCUAUAGCUACUCAUUAUCUCUGACAGAGUAUAAAGAAGGAGCAUGGUCUCAAACCUACCUAAAAUCAUGAUAUCCACAAUGAAAUAGCAGACAUUACUGGGAAAAUGUAUCUUGGACUGGUUGCAUAAAGAGUUGCAAUCAAACGCAACUUGAUUUUCAACCAAUCAAAAGUGUGUAUUAUUGACUUGUGAUUGAUUUUUGUUGUUGCAUUCAAAUGCUAUUCUUUCUGCAAUGAGGCCCUUAUCUGAUAUUUGAUAAAGGGGGGGGGGGAUGAUACAGUAUUUUAUCCAAAGGCAUGAAUAUUUGCCUACACGUAAGAGCUAUAUUUUUCUCCUGUAUAUUUUUAAUUUAAAGAGCAUCUGAAAUAACUCUGUUUAUUUUAGUAAUCUUUACUUUUUACAAUUAUAAAAGACUUCAUUUCGCAAAGCGAUCAAAUUGUCAAGAUUCGUAUUUCAAGUCUGCAGUUGAACCUGUGCAAAAUAUAUGUAGAUAUUGACUGUGGUGGAUUUUCGUAGUGUGCUUCAGUAAUUGUAAAAGUGAUUUUUCAUUGCUUUGGCCAUGCCAUACACAAAAAUGUAUGCGUGGUAAACAUGGUUAUGUUUUAUUGCUCUCUACCUCAGAUGAACAUUUGUACAAAUUCAUUUUGAGUUUUGAAACAAGAUCAAGUUUAUUUUUUUUGUCUCUUUACUGUAGUAGUCUGUACAAAUUUUAGUCAGAAUAAGUUGUAUCACAAUUUUAAUCAAUGCACUCAGUGUGUGUUUAAAUGGCCUUUAGAGACUGUUCAGAAUUCAUUGAAUAAUCUUCAUCGUACUCCUGAAAAUACAUAUACAUGUAUGUUACAAAGGCCAGUGUAUCAUUGUGUAUAGCCAAAACUUUCACUCUGAAAUAUACUCUGAAAUUUAAAAGCUUUUUAGAGAGUCCUAGUGUGCUGUAUCAUAUCCAAUAGUUAACAUUUUUCUUUACAGAUGAUCGCUUUUCAUGCAUUGUUUAUGUGUAGAAAAAUGUUUUCAAGAUAUUGGAUAGUCACCCUUCAAGAGACACUAAUAUUUCUUUAACUGGAACUUAAGCCCAAUGCGCACUAUGCGAUCCAGUGCAAAGGUUUUUUU